CUUGAAGAUCGCUCUGUGGUCCCUCGAGAUGUGGUCAGACAUAUGAGCUCCAGCGACAGCCAGUGUGGAACUGUAAUUGAUGUCAACAUAGAGUGUGCUGUGAAGCUGGUAGGAACCAACUGCAUCCUCUACCCUGUCAACAGCAAAGACCUGCAACAUAUCUGGCCUUUCAUGUAUGGGGACUACAUUGCCUAUGACUGCUGGCUGGGCAAGGUCUAUGAUUUGAAGAACCAGGUCAUCCUCAAGCUUUCCAAUGGAGCCAGGUGUUCUAUGAGCACAGAAGACGGAGCCAAGCUGUAUGAUGUUUGUCCUCACGUCAGUGACUCGGGUCUCUUCUUUGAUGACUCGUAUGGCUUUUAUCCUGGGCAAGUCCUCAUUGGGCCUUCUAAAGUCUUCUCCAGCGUGCAGUGGCUCUCGGGUGUGAAGCCUGUUCUGAGCACGAAGAGCAAGUUCAGAGUGGUGGUGGAAGAGGUACAGGUGGUAGAACUAAAGGUUACUUGGAUCACUAAAAGCUUCUGUCCUGGAGGUACUGACAGUGUGAGCCCUCCUCCCUCAAUAAUCAGCCAGGAGAAACUGUCCAGGGUAAGGCGUCUGGGGUGCUUCGACCAUGCCCAAAGGCAGCUUGGGGAAAGGUGCCUCUAUGUGUUCCCAGACAAAGUGGAACCCGCAAAAAUCACCUGUGAAUGCCCUGAGAGGAACUGUGUCCUGGGUGAAGGAUCAGUUGCCAAAAAGGUGAGGCGGCUGCUGAAGAAGCAGAUAGUGAAGAUCAUGUCAUGUUCCCCGGAGUCUCAGAGUACCAGUGAAGCCCCUGACAAAGAGCUUACUCCACCUGCUGACCAAAAGUCUGAAGAGCCUGGCUCGAAGUGUGAGCUGGAUGACUCUUCCAACAGUGCACCGAGUCCUGGGGAGAGAAAGGAGGAGCAGCCUGAAGAACCGGAGAAGGAGAAAGGGGGAGCAGCAGCACGACAGCAGCAGCCUCCCUUUCUGCUGAAGGAUGAAGGUUCGUCUGACUACCGGCUUCAGUCCAUGGAGCAAGAUGCUGACGAUGAGGCAGCUGAUGACACUGAUGACACUAGCUCUGUCACCUCCUCUGCUAGCUCCACUGCCUCAUCCCAGAGUGGCAGCGGCACUGGCCGUAAGAAAAGCAUCCCUCUUUCCAUCAAAAACUUGAAGCGGAAGCACAAGAAGAAGAAGACCAAGAUUUCGCGAGAGUUUAAGCCAGGAGACAGGGUUGCUGUGGAAGUGGUGACCACGAUGACUUCGGCUGACGUGAUGUGGCAGGACGGCACCGUGGAGACAAACAUUCGCUCCAACGAGCUGAUUCCAGUCCAUCAUCUGGACAACAACGAGUUCUGCCCUGGGGAUUUUGUGGUGGACAAAAGAGCUCAGAGCUCCCAGGACCCCGGGUUGUACGGAGUCGUGCAGUCUGGUGACCAUAUUGGCCGUACCUGUGUGGUGAAGUGGUUCAAGUUGAAAUCCAGCGGAGAUGAUGUGGAGCUGAUCGGGGAGGAGGAGGACGUGAGCGUGUAUGAUAUUGCUGAUCACCCAGACUUCCGCUUCCGCACUACUGACAUUGUGAUUCGCAUCGGCAACUCAGAUGGAGCUGCAGCCAGGGAAGACGAGCCGUCGGUCGGACAAGUGGCUCGUGUGGAUGUCAGCAGUAAGGUGGAAGUGGUGUGGGCCGAUAACUCCAAGACUAUCAUUCUGCCUCAGCACUUAUACAAUAUUGAAUCGGAGAUUGAGGAGUCGGACUACGAUUCUGUUGACGGCAGCACCAGCGGGGCAUCCUCCGAGUGGGAGGAUGAAAGCGACAGCUGGGAGACAGACAAUGGCCUCAUGGAAGACGACCACCCAAAAAUUGAGGAGUUAGAGCCUGAGGAGCCAGCAGCAGAGGAGGUGAAAAAAGUAGAGGAACAAGUCCAGGGAGCUGUGGCUAUGGCAGUUGCAGAUCUUGCUGCAGAGAAAGCUGGCAAGGAUGGAGCCCCAAAGAGCUUCCGGGAACUAAAAGAGGCCAUCAAGAUCUUGGAAAGCCUGAAAAAUAUGACUGUGGAGCAGCUGCUGACUGGCUCUCCCACCUCCCCGACUGUGGAGCUGGAAAAACCCACUCGGGAGAAGAAGUUCUUGGACGAUAUUAAAAAGCUGCAGGAAAAUCUAAAGAAGACCUUGGAUAAUGUGGCUAUUGCAGAGGAGGAAAAGAUGGAAGCCAUGGUGGAGACAGAGAAGAAAGAAGAAAAAGCAGAGGCACAGACACCAGUGAGGUCAGAGUGGCCCAGUGAGACACCAGUGCUCUGCCAGCAGAGUGGAGGCAAGCCUGGAGUCACCUUCACCAGUGCCAAGGGAGAAGUCUUCUCUGUGCUGGAGUAUGCCCCAGAUACCCAUGCCUUCAAGAAAAUGGAAUUCCAGCCCCCAGAAGCAAAGAAGUUCUUUAGCACUGUGAGGAAGGAGAUGGCUCUCCUGGCCACCUCCCUGCCCGAUGGCAUCAUGGUUAAAACCUUCGAGGAUCGAAUGGAUCUCUUCUCAGCACUUAUCAAAGGGCCCACACGCACGCCCUAUGAAGACGGCCUCUUUCUCUUCGACAUCCAGCUCCCCAACAUCUACCCUGCUGUCCCGCCUCUCUUCCGCUACCUCUCCCAGUGCAGCGGGAGGCUGAAUCCCAACCUGUACGACAACGGCAAAGUGUGCGUCAGCCUCCUGGGCACGUGGAUAGGCAAGGGGACAGAAAGGUGGACCAGUAAAUCCAGCCUCCUUCAAGUACUCAUCUCCAUCCAAGGUCUCAUCCUGGUGAAUGAGCCCUACUACAAUGAGGCGGGCUUUGACAGCGACCGGGGUCUCCAGGAGGGCUACGAAAACAGUCGCUGCUACAACGAGAUGACGCUGAUCCGGGUGGUGCAGUCCAUGAUGCAGCUGCUGCGCAGGCCGGUCGAA